AUGAAUUUGAAAUGGAUUUAUUUAAUGCAAACAAAUAAGAAUACCACGAAUAAAACAAACUGUUAGAAUUAAGGUAAGUUAGUAAAAUUCGCGCCUUUCACAGACAUGAAAUCACAAAGUGCUGUACAACAUAAAUCCCAUUUAAGUUAUUCAUAGUAUAAAAACAAGUGUAAAAAAUCACAAGUCAUGACAAAAAAGCCUAGUGAAACAAAAUAGCUUUCAAAUGGUUUUUAAAACAUCCACAGAGUCAGCAAAGCAAAACGUCAGGGCCAAACUGUUCUACCGUUUAGGAGCCACAGACUGAGAGACCCCGACCUUCUUAGUUUUCAGCCGUUUUCGAAGAACAACCAGGAGGUUCUGGCCCUGGGAUCGAAGGCUACGAGCAGCAGCAUGUUGGGUCAAAAGCCAACACAAAUAACUGGGAGCCAUUUAGAGGCCUUUAAGGUUAAACAAGUACCUUAAAGCAAAUUCCAAAAUCCAUCUGGCGCCAGUUUAGAGAGAAUAAGACCUGGGUGAUAUGAGAGGAGGAGUACUUCUCUGUCCUGAUGCAGAAUGUCCUAUCAGGCAGACAAGAAGUAAACCAGUCCAAUGAAAAGCCAGAAACAACAGCAAAAUACAGAGACUGAACAAAUAGAGGGGCAAAUACUUCUAAUGACUACGUAGAGUGUUUCAUCUCUCCAUUUAAAGAAGUCAAUGACUCCGAACACUGAGACUCAUCUUCAAAUUGAUUUGACUAAUUAAAAUUAACUUGAGAACAGUUACCAUACAAAUGGGGUAGAAUUUAACUAAUGCUGUUGAUGAAAAUAGAUUUUGAAAACUGGUAGAAAGUCAAGAAAAACGGUUAAAUUGUGUCCUAGCCGAUAAAUUUACACAGUUUAUAUAAGGAAAUAUUGAUUCAAAGCUAAACAAAAUCUAAACUGCUUGACUGUAAUUAUUAUUGAAGAUUACGUUUACACAAUAAUAUGCUUGAGUAAAUGUCUUAAAUUUAAUUACAUUCAAAAUGAUAUACCGUACUGUAAAGUGUAAAGGAUUUAAAAACGAUAAUUACAGCCUAGUAAUUGAUUUGACAAAUUAAUUAAUUAAUCUUAUUGUUUACAGAAUUUAAUAUUUAAUAUGAAGAAAAUCUGGCAAAUGUAUUUAACUGUGGUUUAGCUGUAUAAGCCAACCAAAAACAUUUUUGAAAUCUGCUUUUUAUUAACUUAUCUUGUUUUUGUGCAUUGUUGGCUUUUGUGAAGCACUUUGCAAUUUUAUAUCUCGAAAUAAUUCACUGUAUGUACAUUUUUAAGCGCAUUUCAUUGGUUAAACUAUAACAACUUGUUUUAACAGUGCAGUUUUUUCCACUCUGUAUCCGCAGAAGGAAACUUCACUCCAGCUACGUGUCUCUCCUGUUGUAAGGAGUCGUGCUCCAGCGGCACCAGGUGCUGAGACGCAGCAGGUAGCUCGUCUGCGUCACUCACAGCUGAACGCAGACGCUGAUUGGCUCGGUUUGAGCUCCGCGGGGUGUCCGGGCUCCUCCUCUCCAUCAGAGUUCAGCCUGCCUGCCUGCGUGCUUCCAUGCUUUGCGCUUGUUGCGGGGUUUGUGCGCUCUUCUUGGACAGACACGCCGAUGAGAAAGAGAAGUUGUAAGCAAGGAGAUCGAGGAGAGAAAAGCCCAACUUCUGGCUGUUUUUAUUGGUCACACUGACAGGGAAUGAGGCACCAGGACGAGUUUUAACUGAGAGAACCAAGGAUACCCAACAUUAUGCAGUACAAUUAUGGCAGGCAAGGAUAAGACAGUCGUGAGGACGCUGGAGGAUUUAACGCUUGAUUCUGGUUAUGGUGGAGCCGCGGACUCGGUCAGGUCGUCCAGCGUGUCGCUGUGCUGCUCCGACACGCACCCGUCCUUCUCGCAUGGGGGCAACUGCUGGCAUCUGACGGAAUCCAUGCACAGCAGACACAACAGUUUGGACACGGUCAACACCGUCCUGGCGGAGGACACGGAGAUCCUGGAGUGUGCGGGACACUGCGCAAAGCUGCCCGAGCUGGAGGAGGUGCCGUGGAGCCUCGGAGAGGUGGAGGGCGCAUUGAGGAAGGACGAGGAACUGAUGGUGGGGAACCCGUCUCCGGAGGUCUUGGCGCGGCUGUCCGCCCUCAUCAGCCGGGCGCUGGUGAGGAUGGCCCGGGAGGCGCAGCGGCUCAGCCUACGCUACGCCAAAUGCACCAAACAUGAGAUUCAGAGCGCCAUCAAGGUGGUGCUCUCAUGGACCAUCUCGGUAAACUGCAUCACUGCAGCUCUCAGCGCGCUUUCCCUCUACAACAUGUCCACCGCCGGAGACAAGUUCAGCCGCGGCAAGUCUGCGCGCUGCGGCUUGGUGUUCUCUGUGGGGAGGUUCUUCAGGUGGAUGGUGGACAGCCGGGUGGCCCUGAGAAUACACGAGCACGCCGCAAUUUACUUGUGCGCCUGCAUGGAGAGCCUUUUCAGGGAGGUGUUUGGCCGCGUCCUGCGCAGCGCGCUGCUGGAGAGGGACAACGGCGUCCCCAAGUUCACCCUGGAGACCAUGGAGCAAGCAAUAAACAGCGACUCGGAGAUCUGGGGUCUGCUGCAGCCCUACCAGCACCUGAUCUGCGGCAAGAAUUCAAGCGGUGUGCUGAGCCUGCCAGAAAGUUUGAACCUGCACCGAGACCAGCAGCGCUCCGGGAGAGGCAGCGAGGGUCAUGGAUACACCCAAGCCGAGCUACGUACGCUCGAACAAUCGCUGCUGGCGACUCGAGUGGGCAGCAUCGCAGAGCUCAGUGAUUUGGUGUCCCGGGCCAUGCAUCACCUGCAGCCAUUACAUAUCAAGAACCCCAGCAAUGGUACACCGGUCCACCAGAAGACCACCACCACGGUUCACUGGGAACCCGAAGCCCUCUAUACCCUGUGUUACUUCAUGCACUGCCCGCAGAUGGAGUGGGAGAACCCCAAUGUGGAGCCGUCCAAAGUCGCCUUACAAACUGAGAGGCCGUUCUUGGUUCUGCCUCCGCUGAUGGAGUGGAUCCGGGUGGCUGUCACCCACACUGAACACAGACGGAGCUUCUCCGUGGACAGCGACGAUGUGAGACAGGCUGCCAGGCUGCUGCUGCCUGGUGUGGACUGUGAACCACGGCAGAUAAAAGCCGAAGAUUGUUUCUGCGCCACCCGGAAGCUGGAUGCAACCUCCACGGAGGCCAAGUUCCUGCAGGAUCUGGGCUUCAGGAUGCUGAACUGUGGACGGACGGACCUGGUCAAGCAGGCCGUAAACCUGCUGGGCCCCGACGGCAUUAACAGCAUGAGCGAGCAGGGAAUGACACCUCUCAUGUACGCCUGCGUGCGAGGUGACGAGGCAAUGGUCCAGAUGCUGCUGGACGCCGGAGCGAACAUCAAUAGCGAGGUGCCAAGCACAGUAAACAAGCACCCCUCAGUUUAUCCCGAAACGCGCCAGGCGACGCCACUCACGUUCGCCGUGUUGCACGGACACAUCCCUGUCGUGCAGUUGCUGCUGGAUAACAAAGCCAGUGUGGAGGGUGCCCUGCAGGAUGGGGCGGAGAACUACACAGAGACGCCGCUCCAACUUGCCGCUGCUGCAGGAAACUUUGAGCUGGUGAGCUUGCUUUUGGAAAGGGGAGCAGACCCCAUGAUUGGGACGAUGUGUCGAAAUGGCAUCUCCUCCACCCCGCUGGGAGACAUGAACUCGUUCAGCCUGGCAGCCUCACAUGGACACAGGAAUGUAUUCAGGAAGCUCCUGUCCCAUUCGGAGAAGGAAAAGGGGGAGGUGUUGUCCCUGGAGGAGAUCCUGGCCGAGGGUUCGGAUCCCGGGGAGAAGAGGCUGGCCCCGCAGGCCAACUGCAGUGGGACGCUGCGAACAGGAAAGGCCAGACUGAGGGCCCUGAGAGAGGCCAUGUACCAUAGCGCAGAGCAUGGCCAUGUGGACAUCACAAUUGACAUCCGCAGCUUAGGCGUUCCUUGGACGCUGCACACCUGGCUCGAGUCCCUGCGUACCUGCUUCAUCCAGAACCGCCGGCCGCUGAUCCAGGGCCUACUCAAAGACUUCAGCUGCAUCCAGGAGGACGAGUACACGGAGGAGCUGAUCACACACGGGCUGCCGCUCAUGUUCCAGAUCCUCAGAACCAGCAAGAAUGAGGUGAUAAGCCAGCAGCUGUCAGUCAUUUUCACCCAAUGUUACGGACCCUUCCCCAUCCCCAAACUGACAGAGAUCAAGAAGAAGCAGACCUCACGCCUGGACCCCCACUUUCUGAACAACAAGGAGAUGUCUGACGUCACCUUCCUGGUGGAGGGAAAACCGUUUUAUGCACAUAAGGUGUUGCUGUUUACAGCAUCAACCAGGUUCAAGUCCCUGCUUCAAAACAGACCUGCAGCAGAAAACACAUGUAUUGAGAUCAGCCAUGUCAAAUACAACAUUUUCCACCUGGUCAUGCAGUAUCUGUACUGUGGAGGCACAGAGUCUCUGCACAUCCGCAACACAGAAGUGAUGGAGCUCCUGUCUGCAGCCAAGUUCUUCCAACUAGAGGCCCUUCAGAGACACUGUGAGAUCAUCUGCUCCAAGAACAUCACCACUGAAACCUGUGUGGAUCUUUACAAACACGCCAAGUUUCUGGGUGCCUCGGAGCUUACGGCUUUCAUCGAGGGCUACUUCCUGAAGAACAUGGUGCUGCUGAUUGAACUCGACACUUUCAAGCAGCUUCUGUAUGAGCCCUCUCCCGCUGAGAGCCCUGCAUCCAGUCCUGGCAUCUGCUCCGACAUCCUCCAGGACCUGGAGAAGACCCUGGCCACUCGCAUCCACUCCAUCCACCUCUCCACCUCCAAGGGCUCCGUGGUGUGACCGCCAUCCCUCUCCGGAGCACCACGAUCCACUUGCAGCAUCUAUGUAACACCCAUUUUAGCAAACACUGUCCUGCCCACGUCAAGCUGCUGUUGGACGAUCUAACGACAGGAAUUCCCUUUAAUUCUGCUGCUUGUUGAAGGUUCAUUUAGACGUUUGUGACUAAACUCAUUUUUUGCCUUGAACUCCUGUCCUGAUGGCUCCCGCUGUUCACGUCACACCUGGCUUGAUCAAAUAUUCUCAUUCAGACUUAACCAUAAUACUUUAACUCUGAAUUGUAUUUCAUACAGCCCACAUGCAUGGAAUACAUAUUUUACACUUUUUUCACUCAGAAAUUAAAGUAGAAAUUCUACUCAAUACAGCUCUGACGUUUACAAGUUAUACAUUUUCUGGAAGUGAAUGCCAUGGCAGCAGCAAAUUUAAUCCCUGCUCUAAGACCAUUUAAAGGGACUUGUAGCAAUGUCAGGAGGCAGACCUUUAAGGUAGACCUACUUACAUUUCAAUCUGUCAGUGUGUUCUUGCUGGACACGUUUCACUGUGCUACAUCUGCCGUGUUACAGAAGCCAAACCAAUCACAGGAACUUCCGCCGUGGCCACCGCUGCAGAGCCGGUUUAAAUAAACACGGCCCGCUCUGUGAAAUCUAUGCUGACUGAUCUCUAAAACGCGGAUGUCUGACUUCUCUUUUUGCAUGACACCUCCUUAACUGAGCUGCCAUUAUGUUGCUUUUUUAUGCACAGCUUACUUCAUGGACAACUUUUCUGAGGGGAAGUAAAGGAAAUUGCUGCUUAUUAACUUUUUAUCCAUCGCAAGACAGAGCGGGAUUCUGAAGAUGGACUACAUUUGGCAGGACGUUUUGAGAGCAAAGUGUAAAUAUCUUCUGGAAUUUAUUGUACUGGUUGUUAUUUUUUGUAAACUGGUAUUAAAUCCCCACACACACAUUGGCUGAUGACACCAGUCCCACUAAACGUGCUCCCUACUGUGCGUCCAGAUUAUGCAAAGUUGCAUGUUUAAUCCAUCUGUAUGACUCCUGGGUUUUGCUCUAGGCUUGUUGUACACAACAUAGGACUGAGUGGGAUGCUGGUUCUUCCAGUUUUAGUCAAACCGAAUGUUUUUCCCUUAAAUAAUAAUAAUUUUGCUUUAAAACAUUUCAGAUGACGAGAUAGAUUAGGAGAUCCAUGUCAGCCUCCAUUUGUAGAAGUUCUGCACCAUCAGCACUGAACCUGUUAAAGACACAUUUACUCAUUUAAAUCAGCCAACUGUAUAUUAAUACAUCCACUAUUAAACAAACAAAACUUCCAUAUCCAAUUGAGAUAACCCACAAAAUAAUAUUGUAUUGUCAUCGUUUAGCCAGAUUCUAAUGGAGAGGUAAAGUGCAAAAAAACUAGACCUAAAAAUGCGUCUCACAAAGACGGGGGUGGUUGUGAAGGACCCAAAUGCAGGAAAAAGGGAGGCAUAGGGGUAGCAAAAAUAAACAAAAUGCAAGAUCCAAAAACAUGAACUGAAGAUCAUGAAACUAAAUAAAUUCAAACACAAACCAGAAACAUGGAGGGAAGACGAUGGACGGCACAAAAACACAGAGUAGACUAGAGCUGGAUGGAGCAGAUGAACCAGCAGUGACUAAGGAACCAAAGGAGAACAUUUAGUGAGGAGAAUAAAUGAGUGGAAUAACAAACAGCUGAGAUUAAUGCUUCAUGUUUCCUUCUUGCAUCAAUGAAGUUAAACUACUGAAGUCUCUUUCUUAGACUUUCAUAUCAAAAGUAGCACCAGCCUGGUGUAGGUCCUUCGAUGACAUUUUAGGUUUUUCUUUUGGAGACUUCUUUUAACAUCUUGGAGUCCGGUCUUAGGGUAAACCUGCCUGAAAGGCUGGACAUGAGCAUGCUGACAGUUGUUUUAUUUUUUUUACAGUGAAAUGGUUAAUAUCAGAGUCUUUUGAUACAUCUCUAAAUCCAUUGCCAGACUCAUAAACUGCUAUAAUCUUUAUUCUGAAGACCUCAGACAACUUUUUGGAUCUCACCAUGGUGUUCACUCUCACUUCAACAGUAAUGAGCACAGCGGUCUAAAUGUUUGAGAUUUAAAUGUGACGAGCCUCUUUCAAAUGCUGAGUAAAAGUGUUCCAGUCAUGUAAUCCUGAUGUGUGUAUUUUAGUCAUUUUAAGUGGGAAUAAAUGUUGAUUUAUCAGAAUUUAUUCCUCACCAAAAACUGCAUUUUUUAAAAUUAUAUCCUACAAAAAGUAUUUUCUUCAGUUUUUAUUGUUUAUAUUAGUUACAUUUUUUAAUUUUGUCAAAAUGGACACUAAAUAUUUACAGGUCCAAAUAGAUCAGAAAAACAUACAGGCUCUUGUAGGGUGUCCUACUUUUAUCUGCAGGUAAGACUUCUGCAAACUGAUCACAGGUCUGCAGACUCCAUCUGCGUACUGCAAAUCUGUGCAAAGUUUGUUACUUUGUUUAACCUUAUUUUAGCGGGAGUGAGAGAGAUGCGGCACUGUUCUAACAUUGAAAAGUAACAUUUGCUCCCCUUUUUUUUACCACACCAACUUUAAAAAUUGUUGGGGUCAACUUGCUCAAUUGUUCAGGCACCUAUAACUCACUGUAGCAUUUUGUCUAGUUUAAUAAAUAUCUGUAGUAGUGCCAUUAGGUCUUUUAUUAACAUCAGGUUUGAUUUUUAGGUGUCUUCACAAGAAGGCAACGUGUAUGAGUAGAAAAAAUGGAGGUAAGCAACACCAACAACUGUCUAGUUUGAUUUUAAAAGGUUAAAUUAUGAGGCUUAUACAUUUAUUCUGUUUAACUGUAAAAGCAAGCUUUAGGUUUCAGUUUGGCAAUACAAACAUGAAAAUCUAUUUGAAUCUUUCCUUGCUAACAUCUGGAUUUGGUUUCAGUUCUGAAGAAUCAAUUUACCAAGAUCUUUGGUCAAAGGAACUUUUUGCGAAACUUCUAUAAACCCCCUAGCGACAUUCGUUUUCUUUAGAGCUUUAUAGACUAUACUGUUAAAAGUAUUGGAUCACCCCUCAACAUCAUCAGGUUCAGGUUCUAGAUGUGAAAGAAUGGGUCGAUGGCAGGAGCUCAGUCAUUUUAAGCAUGAUACUGAGAUAGGCUGCUGCUUGCAAUAACUCCAGUCAUGAAAUGUCUCCACUACAAAACAGUUGCCAGUUAGGUGUCAAUGGCAAUUUUACAACAUGAAACCUUUUUGACUGCAUAUUGCCCAGUGUAGAGCCUGCUGGAACGGGGUCAUAGCUUUUCAAUAUUUUCAAGGAAUAGGGCCUUGAGCACUUAGCUUCACCAAAAGGAACUCUUAAAGCUGAAGCAUACAAACAUAUUUUGGACGAAUUCAUGCUCCCAACUUUGAAGGAACAGUUUGGGUCCAGUAUGAACGUGCACCAGUGCAAAUAGCAAGGUCUGUAUAAACAUGAAUAAGUGAGUUUGGCUUAAAGGAACUUCACUGACCUCAACCCGAUAUAACACUUUUGGGUUGAUUUAGAGGGAAGAUCUCAAAGCCAUGCCUUGUCCCACAUCAGUGACUGACCCAACAAAUGCUCUCCUAAAAGAACGGUGAAAGGCAAAUAACCCAAUACUUAAUAAAGUGUAAGUUUGCAAAUAAAAAUAAAACAAAAACACUGUCUUGCUGUCUGACAAUUAAUCAAAGUAAAAUUAUCCUUUUUUUGGUCAGUUAUAAUUUCUAAUUUCUCUCUGCUAAAUACGAGAAUCAUGACAGAAAUAUUUUUUUUUUAUUUCUUCAAAGUCAGAUGUUUAAAUACACCGUAAUUGCCACGCCAUAACCUGAUCUCCGUCGUUUAGUUCUGUCUGAGCAUUUCCUAAAUAAAAUGUGUAGCAGCAAGGCACCCAGCAAACCUGACCCAGUUAUACCAGUUCACUCAGGAGGAAUGGGCCAAAAUUAUAGUGAGCUUGUGAAAGAAUACUUGGGUUAAAUGUUUUUACCCAUUUAACUCAAGUCAUACAGUUUAAAAGCAUAUUCUACCAAAUACUAAGUCUGAGUUUAAGGAAAGUAAAACAUAUAUAUAUAUAAUUACAAAAUGUCUCUCGUUAUUGUGACAUUUAGGCAACAGAAAUAAUUCAGGUAAUUCUAACUGACCUAAAACCGUAAAAGUUAAAGUCAGACACCCGGACCUAAAAAAAAAGGUUGGGUUUCUUUUUAUGGAGUGAAUCAGUACCCGGUUUAGACUGUAAGUUGUAUCAGUUCUGAAACUCUGCAAUAAAUUCGCAAUUCUAGUCAGUUACCAUUUUCUACACAACAGUUUGUCAAACACAAAAUAUUUUUUUAAUAAUUUAAAAAUAAAUCCUAACUCUAACAGACCUCCCUGAUUUUCAGCCCACGACUUUGAGCCUUGCUGUUCGAACGAUGCCAACUUCAUUAGAAAGUUCUCAAGUUUUAUGCAUUCAGUAGUAUUUUAAUAUACAACUGAAACAUAUUUAAUGAAUGUAACACAAAGCUUUUGGAGAUCGAGAAAGCAUGCAAUUUUUUCCAGUCUAGCAACAGACCAAAAAAUGUUUCCGUCUGGCUUAUAAAGUAAAUGUUCAAUCGGUUAUCAUCUUUACAUUUAACGUUGGUUUCACUAUCAAUCACUCUUUAUAUUCUUAUGAAAUAUUAAUCUUCUCACUUCAGUUAUUGUAGCACACUCAAAAUUAUUUCAAUAUUUUAGCUUUUGGGCGUGUUUACAAAUUUUUAGAAACCAUGAUAAAAUAUAUGAAGUUCUGUUUAUAUUUACAGAAUAUAGAUGUUAUACUACAACUUUAUUUUCUUAUCUACAUACAUAGCAGUAUAUAUUUUAUUUUACAUUCAGCAGUUUUGUUUUACAAAAUGAAAAGAUUAUAUUUAAUAAUGCUUUAAGAUAUUUAGAAGAAGCAAUAUUUGCAUCUGAUUGUGUUCCCAUGAGGUUAGCUAUAUGAGCUAAAAGUGCUGUAACUUAAACAAAUGAGUGACUGAUUAUUGCUUAAAUAUAUAUAUUUUUGGUGAAAUAUCUGUGGCAGCCCAUGGUGUAUUUUUGCUUUAAAGCGUUUAAUGUAUGUUAAUAACUUAAACGAAUCAUCACAUAUUCACAUAUUUUAAUGGAAACGCUUUAUUUGAAAGGGAUAUAUAACCUGAUGCAAACCAAGGUUCAUGAUGUCAAGCACUUUUUGUGCCAGUGUUACUGUAGCCUCACACAAUCAGUUUUACCAGUGAGCUUGAGUUAAAGUCUUAUUGUGACCCAACAGCAACUGAGUACAAUAAAGUAUGAAAAUAAAUUCAAAGAUUUUAUGCUUAUCUGUUUUUAUUAGUCUUAAUGUUAUGCCAGUAGCAAAAAAGGAGAAAACCCUUAGCUUGUCCCACUUUUGCUUUUCUGUCCGAAAACUGGGUCAAAGCUGUAGAGUAAAUGUCGGUUUGCAUGGCUCUCCUUGUUUAAUGUUGUUGGGAAUGUGUUCUGUACAGCAGCUUUGUCUAAACGCCCUCCUUUGUGUUUGUCUGAGCAUUUAUUAUCCUGCGUAUUUGCUACUGGUAAUAUACCUAAUUUUUCCUAGACACAGUGAUAACUUGCAUGGGUUAGUUCAAAUCCACACGGGGAUGAAUCUUUUGCUAUUUUUUUCCUUUGAAGGGAAAAUGUACAUUGUACAAAUUAUAUGUAUAAAAUAUAAAUUAUACAUGGUGUAAGAAUGAGAGAUUUAAUGGAGUAUACCAACAAAGAGAAAUGUUACACUCAUGCUACAGUUUCUGUCGUUCCAUGACAUGCUAUUGUGGACAGCUAAUAAAGACCUCAGUUUAAAAACA